AUGGCUUCAAAUUUACCUGCACCUGUUCCUCCGACACCUAUUACACCGGAUAGGCAACGGAUAGUUUGGGACUCAGGCAUGGACUUGGUCCUGCUCAGACAGAUUCGUGGAUCAGGAAAUCCUUCUGUCCGUGGUUCGUCGGUAAUGGAUGAUGUCGUGGUUGAACUAUCCUCACAAGACCGGCGAUUCGGCAAUUUAAAAAAGAAAGGCGCUUCAGAUAGGCUGCACCUGCUGAUGUCGAAGCAGAAAUCCAAUGAUAGCAAAAGCAAAUCGGCCUCUGGUAUUGUAGAGGACUUCUCCGAAGCAGACGUGCUUCUAACCGAGCUACAGGAGCUGAAGGCCGAGAAGGAGCAAGCCGCAGUGGCAGUGGUGACAGCCAAGCAUGCGGAAAAGGCUGUGGCCGAGCAGAUGCGAGCCGAUGCUUGUAGGACCCUUUCGGAGAAAUCUUCAGCGGAAGACCGGCCCCAGAAAACCAAGCGGAGCAGCACGUACGAUCAAGCGGAUCCUAUUAUUACGUACCUCGAGAAGAAAAAUGAUGCUCUUCUCAAGAUUGAGGAGAGAAAAGUGUAUUUGGAGGAGGAGAAGUUUGCUGCUUCUCAUGGUGCAAAUGCAGUCGCACUGGAGGAGCGAAGACUCGCGCUGCAGGAGAGGGAGAUGGCCCUGAAGGAAGAGGCUCAACGGGACGAGCUUGCGUCAAAAAAGAAAAAGGAACAAGAAGAGAGCAAGAAAGCAGAAGAUGACCGUCAAGAUCGCAAGCAAAAGGCAGAACAGGACCGCGAGGAACGCAGUAUGUUUCUGCGGCUAAUGGCAGCCACUGUCAAAAAAAUGCAAUAG